AACAUAAUUACCCAUAUUUUCUUUUCUUAAUUCUUAAAAUAAAAAAGAAAACCAAUUUUCACGCAGGCUAGUUUAAACAGAGAAGGAAAUAUCCUCCCCCCCACCCCACACACAUUCAUAUCUAUAUAAACACCUUAAUAUUAAAGAGAAACAUACAUAUCAGAAGGUUCUCACAUACUUUAUCAUUGUUUAGCAAGCCUUCGAAAUCGUAACACUGAUAUUGACACCUCGGCAAGAAUUCCACCCUUGAAUUGUUAAGCCAUUGAAACUUUACACGUCCAUCUCCACCUCCACGGCAUGAAGUUCCCUGUGGUUUUCAUAUAUGAAGAUUACAAAUACUACGAAUGCUACAAUAUGGACUAUUGCGGUGACAUGCAGAGAGUGAAGGACGUCAAGUGUAAGAUUGAAAAAGAUUCUGGCAUUGCCUCUGGCCGACAGAAGUUGUUUCUGGUAGUUGGAGAAGAUGAGCAUAUAAGUCUUGAAACUUUGGAGAAAGGAGUUUUUGUAGUUUUACCUUAUCCGGAGGUAGCCACGGUGCCAGAUGAAGAGAUUGGUUGUCAUCUUGGUUCCAGCGGUGAUCUUGACAAUCCAGAGGCGGCCGCGGUGUCAAAAGAGGAGACUGAUAUUCAUCUUGAUUCCAAGGGUGGUGGUGGUCCUGACAAUUCAGAGGCAGCUGAAGUCACAGACGAGCAAAUUGCAUAUAUUCUUAAUUCUGGCGAUGGUUCUCAAACUCAAACUGUUGAAGUGAAAGUUAUGGCUUGUUGAAGUGGUUGGCGUUUUGGACAACGUGUUCACACUUACACAACAGUUGAGAAAAGUGUUGCAAGUACAAAAUUCACACCGUGUAACAGCACUUUUUAACGGAAGGGAAUUGGAGCAGAACUGUUGCCCAUUCCUGGAUUUUCGCACAAACUUGAGCGAAAAUUGGGUGGAUAUUAUUAUCCAGCAAGGAACCAUUGUUGGCGCAGAGGACAUCAACCAAAAUGUCAUAGUCGGCGAAUGCUCAGCGGCAAAUCAAAUGGUUCCAGCCCAAGAAUCAAAUGUUGCAUCAUCAGCAGCAGCACUCAAUCAGACGAAUGUAUCAGCUUUAGCAGCCAACCAUACAGAUGAUGCAUCAGAAAAAGUAGUGGGCAAUGUAAAGGAAGAACAUAAGAUAGCGGUGAAGGUCGCAAUAGGAAGGAAAAAUCAAUACAUCAUUAAUGUUUAUCCUAGCGACAAAUUCUCCAUUUUGAGACAACGGUUGGCUUGGCUCAACGAUUGGCUGAAUUGAAAAUCGCUACGCCAGAAUCAUAUGACUUCGUCAUUGGCUUGAAUAAAGUCGAUAAUGAAGAGUUGACGAUUGAUGAAGUCGGCCUAGAGAACAACAGGGUCAUUAAUAACCUCAUAAGCAACGACGAGUAAUUUCAAAUUAUUAUUUUUUGCUGGAGGAUUAUGUACCAAUUGUUUGCAACCAUGU